CAGUUCUGCUCGGCUGCCAGGGUAUAGGGCAGUGGGAGAGCCAAUCAACGAAUCGCGCAGCGCUCUCUUUAAGCCUGACAUAUCUCCAACAGGAACAAAUUGUCCCAACAAUCAACAUCCGAAUCUCCCGUGCGCAUCAGGGGUGGAGUGGAUAUUGUCCGGACGCCGGAUUGCACUGGGUUCUGGAACACAAUAACAAACCAGUGAAGAAUAUUUAGACAGAAAAACAGCAUCCUUCUGGAUACCGGCGUUGGGCUGGGGAGUGAGACCCGACAUCAUGUCAAUACUACCUUCGUUUGGGUUUACCCAGGAGCAAGUCGCCUGCGUCUGCGAGGUCCUGCAACAAGGAGGGAACCUGGAGAGGCUCGGUCGUUUUCUCUGGUCUCUCCCAGCUUGUGACCACCUCCACAAGAAUGAAAGUGUACUGAAAGCAAAGGCGGUGGUCGCCUUCCACCGAGGGAACUUCAGAGAGCUCUAUAAGAUCCUGGAGAGCCACCAGUUUUCCCCACACAACCAUCCCAAGCUGCAGCAGCUGUGGCUGAAAGCGCAUUACGUGGAGGCGGAGAAAUUGCGCGGCCGACCGCUUGGAGCCGUGGGGAAGUACAGGGUACGAAGGAAAUUCCCUCUGCCCCGCACGAUCUGGGACGGCGAGGAGACCAGCUAUUGCUUUAAGGAGAAGUCCAGGGGUGUUCUUAGAGAGUGGUACACGCAUAACCCUUAUCCCUCCCCGCGAGAGAAAAGGGAGCUGGCCGAGGCCACGGGACUGACCACUACGCAGGUCAGCAACUGGUUCAAAAACAGACGCCAGAGAGACAGAGCCGCAGAAGCUAAAGAAAGAGAAAACAGCGAAAACAACAACUCCGGCAACAACAAACAGAACCAGCUGUCUCCCCUCGAUGGCGGCAAGUCGCUCAUGUCCAGCUCGGAAGAUGAGUUCUCUCCACCACAAAGCCCUGAUCAGAACUCUGUGCUUUUGCUCCAGGGAAAUAUGAGUCACCCCGGCGUCUCCUCUUACCAUAUGACGGGCCUCGGUGGCGCACAGCCGGUGCAUGGAAUGCACGGACACCCGCACCAACUCCAAGACUCGUUGCUGGGACCUCUAACAUCGAGCCUUGUGGAUCUAGGCUCCUAAAGGCAAACUGAUACUAUCUUUGAAAAGACUGAUAACUACCAGCUUGAGUACAUAUAUGAAAUUACACUAUGGUACCUUAUAACUAGACUGACCUCUGUCUGUCGUUAAAUUUGGUUAGAACUAUAACGCAAUUAUUUUAUGCGCUUAUCCUGACUUAGGAGGUACCCUCCUUCCCGUGAAAAUACAAUCAUACCCCCUUUUAUGAACUCUUAAGUCAACGAGACACUUAAACUGGACUGCCCUUUUGCUUAAUUUAUGAUAUUUUUUCUUCAGAUUAAAUUUAUAGCAACUUCCUGCUAUGGAAACUAAGAAGCGACGUUUUAAUUAAAAUCCUAAUUAGUUUCCAAUAAAACAAAAAGAGACGUCAA